AUACGGAAAGGGUUUGACCCGUGACAACCACCGUGAGUUUUGGUGAAAGCUCAUCUAAUCGGUUGACGUGAGGGGGAAGGUUUUAGUAAUUUACCAAAACUCAGAGGAGUUAAAAGUAAUUUAUCUUUUUCAAAUUUCCACUCUCCCACUCUCCCACUGGCCACUGCUAUUUAUAAUCAUGCAUUCAAAUCUCAACUCGCAAAUCCCAAGUUAUAACGCGGUAAUGGAGGAGAAGGACCAGAAGGUUACUGAAGACGAUUUCCACGUAAAAAGGCAUCGCAUUAGUCGUCCAAAGAAGCGCAAGAGAUCGAAGCAACAAGUAGUACCAGUUAGUCCACUUGUUAAGAAGUAUUGGCUUCAAAGAUACAAUCUUUUCUCGAGGUUUGAUGAGGGCAUAAAAAUGGACGAGGAAGGAUGGUUUUCAGUGACUCCAGAAGAGAUUGCAGUCAGGCAUGCUGAGAGAAGCGGGGGAGGAGUCGUGAUCGACUGCUUCUCAGGUGUCGGUGGUAAUGCCAUUCAAUUUGCAAAAAUGUGUUACCAUGUUGUUUCUAUUGAUAUUGAUCCAAAAAAAGUUGGAUUAGCCUAUAAUAAUGCAAAGAUUUAUGGAGUUGAAGAUUAUGUUGAUUUUGUUAUUGGAGAUUUUUUUCAGCUUUCUUCAUCACUAAAAGGAGACAUGGUGUUUCUUUCACCGCCAUGGGGAGGUCCAACUUACAACACCAUAAAGCAUUUUACCCUUGAUUUGCUUAAGCCAAAAGAUGGGUAUUCUAUUUUUCAAGCAGCUCAAAAAAUAACACCUAAUAUUACCAUGUUCUUACCUCGUAAUGUGGACAUACACCAAGUGGAAGAACUCUCUUGGUUAUCUUCACCUCCUUUAAAUAUUGAGAUUGAGGAGAACUAUGUUGGAGGCAAGUUAAAAGGCAUGACUGCUUAUUUCAGUGGUUCUGCAUUGCUUAACCUUGGUUGCCUUAGUUGUUCUCAUUUGAAACCUUGCACUAGAUGUAAGAAAGCUGGGCAUACAGUGUAAGUUAGGAUAGAAUCCUGUGAUGGGUUGGCAGUAAUAUAUAUGGAUUUCUGUGGGAACUGACAUAAGACUUAAUCUCACAUAUCGAAUGGUUCAAGAUGUCAAGAAUGGAGCCUGAUCAUGAUGAAGCAUUUGGUGAUGGUUUCUUGUUGCAGCAUGAAAUUUGUAGGUGAGGCUAAAAUCUGAUCUUUCAUGAAGCAAAGGAAAUUUCUUUUUGGUGGGCCAUUUUGCAGUACUUGUUUCCACCUAGCAAAGGGAUUUUGCACAUGUAUUAUGGAGUGUCAGCCAUUAAUUAGAAAGAUGGUGUAUAUGGAGGUAAAUGGUGUUAGUUUGUGCAUUGCCAAUUGAAAAGGCUGGAUUCCUUACUGUUCAUAGUUAACUUUUUUGCCAUUUUCUCUUUCCAAUGCAUAGAAAAUUGUCUUGUAUGUAUGUUGAUUGUAUAAUUGUAUUUAUCUAGUUAAUGAAUUUA